UCAAUAUACUAUGCUGCUUUCACCUUCUCCUCUUUCCCUCCUUUCUUUCCCAUAAAGUUACACUACCAAUUUUGGUCCUUUGCAAUCAAUGUGUCUCUUCCUUUUUUAAUUUCAUUAACAACAAGAAGAAAAAAAAAACCGCUCUUUAUGUCAAACAUUGCCCCAAUUUCUGCUUUGAUUUUGCUCUCAUGAAAAGUUCCACUUCACGUUUUCCUCUUUCUCCAAAACUAAAAAUUUCAAAAUAUUUAACACAUAUGAGCUCACUUCAGAUUCCUUAAAAUUCAGUUUCUCUGUAAUGGGUUUUCUGAAAAGUGCAAAUUUUCAUCUGGGUUUUUAUUGUUUGCAACUUUUCCAUUUUUUCUUUCAUGGGUUUUUCUAAAAAUGUAAACUUUCAUCUGGGUUUUUAAUAUUUGCAAUUUUCCUUUGAAGAAAACCUUCACUUUAAAUUUUGUUUGCUUUUCUGGGUGUUCAUUUUCAUGCCCACAUUGUUCCAUCUAAUUUUGGAAAAGUUAACUAGAAAAAGAGAGAAAGUGUAAGUAGGAAAAAAAAAAUAGUUGAAAAAAUGUGCUCAACUCAAAAAGAAAACUCAGUUGAGAAAAUAUCAAGAAUUUGUUUGUGUCUUUUGUUAGUUGGGUUUGUUACAAGUGCUCAAUUAGUGAGUUCUGAACUUCCUGAUCAAACCAUAAUGUUUGCUAUAAAUGCAGAAAUUGGGGUUCCAGGUUGGGGUGUAAACAACUCAGAUUAUUGCUAUUGGAGAGGUAUUCAAUGUAGUUCAAACCAAACUGUGGAAAUUCUUGAUCUUUCUAGCCGUUGGCUUAGAGGUAAUGUCACUCUAAUUUCUGAGCUAAAAGCAUUAAAAUGGUUAGACCUUUCUAAUAACUAUUUUUCUGGGCCAAUUCCCACUGAUUUUGGUAAAUUAUCUGAGCUACAGUUUCUUGAUUUAUCUGCAAACAAAUUUGGAGGUUCAAUUCCUGAGGAAUUUGGUAAAUUGAGGAAUCUUAGAGCAUUGAAUCUUUCUUACAAUUUUCUUGUUGGUGGGAUACCUGAUGAACUUGCAGAGUUAGCAAAAUUGCAGGAUUUUCAGAUAUCUGGUAACAAGUUAAAUGGCUCAAUUCCCAAAUGGGUUGGGAAUUUAACCAGUCUUAGAGUAUUUUCUGCUUAUGAGAAUAACUUAGGUGGUGAAAUUCCUGAUAAUUUGGGUUCUUUAUCUAAACUUGAGCUUUUGAAUCUUCACUCUAAUUUACUUGAUGGGUUCAUACCAGAGAGCCUUUUUGCUAAUGGGAAACUGGAGUUUUUGGUGCUUACUCAGAACAGAUUGACAGGAAUCAUUCCUGAACUGAUAGGGAACUGUGAUAACCUUUCGAGCAUUCGAGUUGGGAAUAAUAAUCUCAUUGGCAGUAUACCGAGAACUGUUGGAAAUCUAACUAGCCUUACAUAUUUUGAGGCUAACAAUAAUAAUCUUUCGGGGGAGAUAGUCAUGGAGUUUGCUCGUUGCUCCAAUCUAACUCUUCUGAACUUGGCUUCAAAUGGGUUUUCUGGGAUCAUUCCUCCUGAACUAGGACAGCUCAAUAACCUGCAAGAAUUGAUAGUUUCAGGUAAUAGUCUGUUUGGGGAUAUACCAGAGUCAAUUCUUCGUAACAGAAAUCUUAACAAGCUUGAUCUCAGCAACAACAGAUUCAAUGGCACCAUACCGAUUGAUGUAUGCAACACCUCAAGAUUGCAGUUUUUGCUUCUGAGCCAAAACUCCAUGAGAGGAGAAAUACCUCAUGAAAUUGGGAAUUGUGUAAAAUUGCUGGAUUUACAACUUGCUAGUAAUUAUCUAAGUGGCACAGUUCCUCCGGAAAUUGGUCGUCUAAAGAAUUUGCAGAUAGCGCUGAAUUUGAGCUUUAAUCAUCUUCAUGGACCCCUACCACCCGACUUGGGGAAGCUCGACAAGUUGGUGUCGCUGGAUGUGUCUAACAAUCGGCUUUCUGGUCCAAUACCAUCAGCCCUCAAAGGCAUGCUAAGUUUGAUUGAAGUUAAUUUCGCAAACAAUCUGUUCAGUGGCCCUAUACCUGCUUUCGUACCAUUUCAAAAAAGCCUAAAUUCAAGCUUUUCAGGUAAUAAAGGUCUAUGUGGUCAGCCAUUGAGUUCUUGUGACAACUCAAAUGGAGAUGAUCAGGGUAACUACCCUCACAAGGUUUCUUACAGGAUUGUAUUAGCUGUUAUUGGUUCAGGAUUGGCAGUCUUCAUUUCUGUCAGUGUGGUUGUUCUGCUGUUUAUGAUGAGAGAAAAACAAGAAAGUUCAGCCAAAGACGUAGGCAUUGUCGAUGACAGUGCUAAUAGCAAGCCACUGAUAAUUGCAGGCAAUGUCUUUGUUGAAAAUUUCAGGCAAGCUAUUGAUUUUGAUGCUGUUGUUAAGGCAACUUUCAAGGACUCAAACAAGCUCAGCAGCGGGACUUUCAGCACUGUUUACAAGGCAACAAUGCCAUCAGGGCUCAUUCUCCUUGUCAGAUGUCUUAAAUCAGUGGAUAAGACCAUAAUCCAUCACCAGACCAAGAUGAUAAGGGAGCUUGAAAGGUUGGGAAGAAUAUGCCAUGAUCAUCUGAUGGGACCAGUCGGUUUUGUAAUCUAUGAAGAUGUUGCCCUUGUUCUUCAUGAAUACAUGUGUAACGGAACUUUGUUUCAACUUCUUCAUGAGAAUACCAAGAAACCCGAGUAUGAACCAGACUGGCCUGCGAGGCUUUCCAUCGCCAUUGGGAUAGCUGAGGGUUUGGCAUUUCUUCAUAGUGUGGCUGUUAUUCACCUUGAUAUUUCUUCUGGUAAUAUACUUUUAGAUGCCAAUUUGAGUCCUCGAGUUGCUGAGAUCGAGAUUUCUAAGCUUCUAGAUCCUUCCAGAGGAACUGCAAGUAUUAGUGCUGUUGCAGGCUCAUUUGGUUAUAUUCCCCCAGAAUAUGCAUACACAAUGCAAGUUACCGCACCAGGAAACGUGUACAGCUAUGGUGUGAUCUUGCUCGAGAUUCUUACAACAUAUCUACCUGUCGAGGAGGCGUUUGGCGAGGGAACAGAUUUGGUGAAGUGGGUUCAAAGUGCUCCUAUGAGAGGGGAAACACCAGAGCAGAUACUUGAUGCAAGGCUUAGCACAGUUUCAUUUGCUUGGAGAAAAGAAAUGCUAUCAGCAUUAGUGGUUGCUUUACAAUGCACAGAUAGUACACCCGCGAAAAGACCCAAGAUGAAAAAAGUCAUUGAAAUGCUUCAAGAGAUUAAAGAGAACAAGAAGUGAAAAUUUGAAUGCAUACAUUAUGUUUCUGUGUUUGAGGAAAUGCUGAUGUUUUUGAGAAGUCAAAUUCAGAGUAUUUAGUUCAAAAACUAUAUCAUGAAUUCACUAGAUAUUUGGAGAUAAUUUAGCCCCUCUAGGUUUAUAUUGAUGAUAAUAGAAGUAUGAACUGCUGUUUUAUCAUUCUGUACAAUUUGUUCCAUAAUUGUUCCAAAGCUCUUUCCUAGAAUUGCAAAAGAGACUGUUCUUUAAAAGGCUAUGAAGUACUUCACUGUAAAUAAAAAGUGAAGUAGAUUUAGUGAGACUAUUGAUGUAGUUAAUUAAUCCUACUAUAAAGUUAUAAUGGAAGUCAAAUUUAUCUGCAUA